AUGAACGAGUCAAAGUUAUCAUAUUUAAGUUUAGCGAGAUGUGUAAACCUUAUGAAGAUUUUAGGCUUGUAUCCGAUUGCUUAUGAAUCGUCAAAGAUGAAAAUCUUUAAUGGGAUAUAUAGAUCAGUCAUUUUAUUCUUGGUUCUGCUGUACACUGUCCAGCAAAUCUUAAAAGUUCACGAAGUACAAGAUAAUGCGGUCAAAGUAAUGGGAACGAUGUUUUUAUUCCUAACAAAUACGGAUUUUAUCUAUAAAGUCUUCAUACUUUGGAGAAAAUCCGAUGAAAUUGAAGAAAUCCUCCAAAUCACAAAAGGUCCAAUCUACAAUCAAGAUGAAAUAGAACACCGGGCACCAUUACUAAAAACUAUACGCGAAUCGCUUCUGGUAGUCCGACUGUUCAACUAUAUGUCAUUGUUCACCUGUUUCCUUUGGAGUCUACAGCCGACGAUCCAGCAUGGUCAAAGAAAGCCAAUUGAAUUGCCGAUAUGGCUGCCUUUUGAUUGCAAUGUAAACCCAUAUUUCUACUUUGCUAUACUGUACAUGUGGGUCCAAACAUCCUGGUUGGCCAUGGGUAACACCUCAAUCGAUGGCUUCAUAGCAUUUCUACUUGAACAAUGUAAAACACAAAUAACGAUCCUUAGAUUGGACCUUGAAAAUCUUGUGGAAAAAUGCAAAAUGCAAAAAAAUGAUGAAAUUUUCUCAGAUAUACUUGAAACUCGCAUGAAAAAAAUAUUAAUUCAUCACAACGAAGUUGUAAAGAUGGCAAAGAAAGUUCAAGAUAUUUUUGGAAACGCUGUUUUGUAUCUGUUUGUUGUAGGUGGGUGGAUUUUAUGUACUUCAGUCUACAGAAUGGUAAUUGUAAAUCCAGCUUCUGUGGAGUUUAUCUCAAUGGCGUUUUACAUAAACUGCAUCUUAAUUGAACUGUUCCUGUACUGUUAUUAUGGAAAUGAGAUUACGUUCGAAAGUGACAUGUUGAUGAAGUCAGCGUAUGCCACAGAUUGGUUGCUUUUCCCAGUGAAGCACCGGCGUAUAUUCAUCAUGUUCAUGGAGCGGAUCAAGUACCCAAUACGACCCGUGGCAGGGUCCUUAGUACCCCUGUCUAAUAGCACCUUUGUUUCGAUUAUUCGAAGCUCAUAUACAUUUUAUGCAUUCUUGAAAAAUUCACACAAAGACAGUGCUAACUAAAUGGCUACUACUAACAACCUCAUCGUGAAUGAUAUCCACAAAAACGCGGUCUAUAAGGCUUGCUGG